CCCCGCCCCUGCGGAGCCUCGCCAGCGUAGUUCCGGGUGAGCGAACCCAGAUCGCGCGUGCGCCGUUGUGGCCCUGUGGCCCAUGCUGUGGCGGCGCGGCGAUGGAACCGGCUGAGCUGCAGAACGAGCUAGUGUCAGCCGAGGGCCGGAACCGGAAGGCGGUACUGUGCCAGCGUUGCGGCUCUCGGGUGCUGCAGCCAGGGACUGCUCUUUUCUCUCGCCGACAGCUUUUCCUCCCCUCCAUGAGGAAGAAGCCAGCGCUGGCUGAUGGCAGCAAUCCUGACGGCGAUCUCCUCCAGGAACACUGGCUGGUUAAUGACAUGUUCAUCUUUGAGAAUGUGGGCUUCACCAAGGACGUGGGCAACAUCAAGUUUCUGGUCUGUGCAGACUGUGAGAUUGGACCCAUUGGCUGGCAUUGCCUAGACGACAAGAACAGUUUCUAUGUGGCCUUGGAAAGAGUUUCCCACGAGUAACUGAGGGGACUCUGCUGUAAAACUAUACAGCUCUCCCGACAGUGAACCUGUUGUGACUGCUGUGCCGGCGGUCUUCUCGGUACUAAUACAGAUGGUAAACACCGAUGUUUGCCCUUGAACUUGCAGGGGCCGUCCUGCUUCCUUCAGGCCUCAGUGCAUGCCUCCCACUUACUUAGUCCUCUCCGCAUCACAGCUGUCCUAACCCCACCUCCCCACUUUGGAACAUAGAAGAACAUGGAAGUACUCUACAAGUGUAGUCUGGCCCUUGGCACUCCACCUGGACACCUGCCAGGGCCCACUCCCUGCUCGACAAGAGCAGCAGUCAACUUUUUAGCUCUGGUGACAGGAAAAACAGGCUCACUUGCUAAUAAGUUGAAACUCCACCUUUUUCUCAUUCAAGAAGCCAGGUGUAAUAGGUGCACACCUGCAGUCCUACCUCUUGGGAGGUGGAAGCAGGAAGAUAAGGAGUUCAAGGCCAGCCUCAGCUAUAUAAUGAAUUCCAAGCCAGCCUGGGCUAUGUGAGAUGUUUCAAAAAACAUAAAGCAUACAAGUAUUUGCAAGUGGCUUCAUGGCAUGUGACCUACUUUUCUACAGCAGUGUGUUCUUUUUAAAAGUAAAACAUUUGCAGAUGUCAGUAUUUAAACCACUAGUUAGAAAUACAUCACUUUAGACACAUUUUCAAUACUGUGUUUGAGACACUUGGUUCCAGGUUGAUAGUGACAUUUUGUAGUGAAGAUGAACGUGGCCCUUCUUCCUGAAAAUCUUGAUUAGGUUUCUCUUUUUAUUAGUGCCUCCCUGCUGCAGUCUGCUUUUUUUUUUUUUUUUUUUUUUUUUGGUUUUUCGAGACAGGGUUUCUCUGUGGCUUUGGAGGCUGUCCUGGAACUCGCUUGGUAGUCCAGGCUGGUCUCGAACUCACAGAGAUUCGCCUGCCUCUGCCUCCCGAGUGCUGGGAUUAAAGGCGUGUGCCACCAACGCCCGGCUGCAGUCUGCAUUGUUAACCCCAAGGGAAACUCAGCCCUAACUGUCUACCAGGCUGUCUUGGAAUCAGAGUGGAGGGUAUAGGAUUUACAGAGGAUAGCUUAGCCAAAUCACAUCUGGGUUUAUUGGAAAGAUUUCCUUAAUAGGUGCUGUCAUCAUUCAUUAAAUAUAGGUUGUAAGGUCCUCGGGAUGUUGGUUCCUUGGACUGUUUAUGCCAACCCAGGAAGCAAACGCUUUCUACCAAGAUCUCCAUUGUUACAGGGUUGGGAUCAUCUUUUCUUAUUAGCCAACUUAAACCUUCAACGUGAUUUCCAGUUAUUUUGUCAUUUCUCUUCUGAAGUGACUCAGUAGCUUAAAAGGACUCUGAAUAAAACAGUGCAAAUACUUCGCCAUCAUCCCUUCCACGGGAGGCCUAAAAUUGAAAUAUGGACUAAGUAGAGACCUUGUUAUCCUUACAAUACCAGCAACUUGGGAGGCCACGGCAGGUCAAAGUCAGCCUCAGUUACACAUCGAAUUCAAGGCCGCUCUGUACCACACGAGAGCUUGUCUCAAACAAACAAAAAACAACAAAUAGAAGAUGGAAGGAUGGCUCAGCAGUUAAGAGUGUUUGCUGCUCUUUCAAAGGACCUGCGUUCAGUGCCUGUAAGUCCAGGGCAAGGGGCUCUACAAUUGCUUACACAUGUGUGAUGUACAUAUAGACAAGCAGGCACACACAUAAAAAUAAGUAAAUAAAAAUUUUAUAAUUUAAAAAGCAGAAAUUCCUGCCGGGCAGUGGUAGCAUAUGCCUUUAAUCCCAGCACUAGGGAGGCAGAGGCAGGCGGAUCUCUGUGAGUUCAAGGCCAACCUGGCUGGCCUACAGAGUGAGUUCCAGGAUGUCCCGGGCUACACAGAGAAACUCCCUCUGCAUCUGUCUCCUGGGUACUCUUUCCUCACUGAAGUGUUGUAAGGGCUCCCUCUGCAAGUACAGGCCCUGGGCACAGUUUUGCCAGCACUCACCCACUCAAGUGACUUUCUUCAAUACUCGAAGUCUGAAGAUGCUCUAACAGCAAAUGAGAGGCCAUGUUUCCAAACAAGCAAGCACACCCGAAUAUGGUGUUUGCAGGAAAACAGUUGAGACUGACCAGCUCGGGUCAGAAGGAACAAAACAAGCAGAUGUGUCUAGGGACACAUGGUCCCUCACUUCACAAGUCAGAGACCUAAACUGAACUAGGCUUUUAACUCAUGCCCCAUUUUUAAACCACAGAAACAAUAUGUUUAUUGUAUACCAGUGUAAAAAAACAGUAUAAAGUUCUAAUUUACUCACACUUCCAUUGGGCAGAGCUUGCCAGUGGUAAUGUGUAUAUCCUCGAUGUCUUUCUAUGUGCAAACAUGUAGUUUUCUAAACAAA